AUGGAGUUCCCAUAUCGGCCCAGAAAAUACGCCCUAAACGCACCCCCGCCAAUACCGCCGCGCCCACCUCGCCCAGAAGACAAUAUAAAUCGUCCUCCACCAUUACCUCCUCGGAUACCGCAAGAUAACGCGCAAAACAUCGCUCCACGUCUCGAGGCUCCGUACCCUCCGCCACCUCCAUAUCAGAGAGAGGCCACCCCACAACAGGCGCCUUGGCCUCGGACACAGUCAACGCCCCUCCACGGUACUCCACAAGCUAGUUCCACGCCUUCAGUGUCUCGUCCGUGGUUUCCGCCACCUCCGUCGCACGCGCCUUUCUCCGGAAAUGACUACCAUGAUACGUCGUCUCCGGCCGAGCACAAUAACCACCAGGCUUCGGCGCCAACGCCGCAGUUCUCGCGCCGCCCUUCUUCCCAACAACGAAGCCCGCCGGCGACACAAUGUCACCAGGAGGACAUCCCAGCGGCUCGGACUGACUUUAAUACCGUGCGCAGCUCCUGUACUGAUCACGAGUACAAGGACCAGACACGCUCUGACGCCGGUGUAUUACGACCAAGCAUGCAAUAUAAUCCGCCCGCAAAAUUUACUUUGAAGAAGUGUCCGUCAACGAAUUAUAGCUUGAUGUGCUCUGGCACAUGGUAUAUACUACCUGAAGCCCCAGAAUUCCGCAUUUGCGCGUAUUGCUACGAGACGAACAUUCAGGGUUCAUCGUUGCAAGCAAGCUUCCACCCUUGGGUCUCCCCCGCCGGUGCUAGCAUACAUUGCCUCUUCAGCUCACCUCGUAUUGAACACCAUUUGUGGCCCCGAGCCUUGCAAUCAGGCAGUGUCCAGGAGCUGUUGUGGUUCUUUCGUCAUCGCGCCACGAUAAGGAACUGCGAUGGGACAAAAGGCGUCGGGGGAUCAGAAAACGUGAAGUGGUAUAGCCCUAAAGACACCAGCAGACUUCCAUCUUUCAUCGCUUGCCAGGCUUGCUAUGAGGAUGUAAUUACGGGUACGGCUUUAUGUUCUCAAUUCGAAGAGCAUCGAGAGAAGCAACCACAGGGACAAAUAUGGGCAUGCGAUAUUGCUAUAGACUUCAUUCGAAGAUUACUCACCAACACGCAAUCAUGGCCGCAGUUUUCUACUGAAGUUGCACAUCAUCUGGGCCUUCCAGAAUGCGAGAAAAACGGGGCGGUAAUGGGCGGCUCCUCGCGGCAGUGGUAUGAGCUUCGCGAUCGAGCCCUGGGAAUUACUGUCUGUGAGCGCUGUUACCGCGACUUUGCGAGUAGGACCGAAUUUGAAUCCCACUUCCAACCCUUGAGACAGUCGCCAAGGGAGCAGCAAUGCAUUCUUGGGUUCUGGCAGGCGCGGGUCCUUUGGGAUGAGGCGCUUGAGCGGAAAGACUUUUCGCUAUGGCGACGCACAAUCAUGGAAUAUGUGCAAGCUCCGCCUUGUAGCUCGCAGGCAAAGCCCGGUGCGCAGAUGUAUCAACUCAAUCAAGGCAUUGACAACUUCGACGUCUGCCAGAGCUGCUACAUAGUGACAAAUCAGAAAUGGUAUGGUACAGCGGACUGCCACAUCUGUCUCGCGUGCUACGAGGAGGUCGUGCGUGGCAGCGAGCUCGCUCGACAGCUCCCUCCCACACCCGAAAUCAUCCCGGGUGAGAGUCACUGUGACUUAUACUCGCCACGAAUGCGCCGCAAGUGGGCCGAGGCGUGUGACAAACGGGAUCUGGCCUCGUUUAUGGCAUUUGCCGCAUAUCGCAGGACCAUCUAUGAGCAAACGGUCCCUGAAAUGCGGAAUCUUGUCUCGAUGGCGCAGUUCAACCUCGAUAUGCAAAAGAUGUACAACGUGUCUUCGUCCUUCUAUUACAACAUGAACGGAAUAACGGCUUCCAUGUAUAAUCCCUACAUUAGUUAUGGGGCUGCCGGAAUCCCGCACAGAUUCGAAACACCUUGGGGUGUCGAGGGAGCGCAGCUGGGGCAGAGGGCUCAAGGAUAUGCGCAGGGGAUCAACGCCGACACGGCGAGAGUCGCGCAAUUACAAGCGGCCUGGAAUCUGGUUGAGUAA